UGUUUCAAUUGACGUGAUCCGUUGUCACACGUUCUCCGUUCCCCCUAUAAUUUCCCAUUCUACGUGAAAAAAUAAGAAAACAGUGAAUUACAGAGUUUUUAAUUCCAGUGUUAACUAUAUUACAAGAAAUAUGGACGAAUGAAGAUUUUCAUCUGCAAUUAACAAUUACUCCAAAGUACGUUACGAGGAGCGAAUGCAUCCAGAAUGUCGCCCAAUUCUAGAGACGGAGUGACGAAGAAUGACGUUGUGAAUGUGAAGAAUCAUUGCGGUGAGGAUAAGGGGAUGAACAUUUACAAGCCUGCUGUCAAGUGGCCGGACCUCAUCGUCCAAAUUUUCGUUCAUGCCGGAUGUGCCUAUGGAAUUUAUCUUAUUUUCACCGAGGCCAAGUGGCUCACAACGCUCUGGGCUUUGAUAACAAUUUACACAUCAGCCUUCGGAAUCACUGCUGGAGCUCACAGAUUGUGGUCUCACCGGGCGUACAAGGCGACGUGGCCCCUGCGACUGAUUCUCGUGUUAUUAUUCACGAUAACAGGGCAGAGGCACGUGUACGCAUGGGCUCUAGACCACAGGGUCCACCACAAAUACAGUGAGACUGAUUCUGACCCACACAAUGCGAAACGCGGUUUCUUCUUCGCUCAUGUCGGCUGGCUCUUCACAACUCCUCAUCCCGAUGUCGAGGAGAAGCGAGCGGCUGUCGACAUGAGCGAUCUGGAGGCCGAUGCUAUUGUCAUGUGGCAGAAGAAAUAUUACAUUCCACUUUUCGCCCUUCUUGCCAUUGGCUUUCCAGUCUGGGUGCCCUGCUACCUCUGGAAUGAAACCCUCUGGACUUCGUUCUGGAUCAACUUCAAUUUCCGCUUCUGCGUUACGCUUAAUCUUGCAUUCUUCGUUAAUAGUGUCGCCCAUAUGUGGGGUCAGAGGCCGUAUGACAAACACAUUUCUCCAGUGGAGAAUAUUGCCGUAUCGAUAGCAGCUCUGGGCGAAGGCUGGCACAAUUACCACCACGUAUUUCCAUGGGAUUACAAGACCGGUGAGCUAGGUGAUUACUCAUUCAACAUAACAACUGGUUUUAUCGAUGCAUUUGCGCACAUCGGAUGGGCAUACGAUCGUAAAUACGUAUUACCGGAAAUGGUGCGGAGGCGGGCGAAAAGAUCGGGCGAUGGAUCUCACGUACCGAAUGUCUGGGGAUACGGUGACACUGACAUACUCCAAGAGGAGGUGCACGAGUUGGAGGCGAUGAGGGACUCCAAGUGCCAUUGAUUGAGAACAAUCCAAAUAUUAGAGUUAAAUUCGUGUUCAGUUUGAAAUUUUUGUACUUAGUGAAGUAUUAAUAUUGAUUUCCACGGUAAUUUCAGGAUUUCUCUGAGGAAAUAACGGAAAUUUCUUUGGAUUGAACGCCAGCAGUAUUCAACACUCAGAAUGAGAAUUUUCCAUAUUUUUAACAUCUUUGUAUUUUCAUUUUUAUGAUUAAAAAUUUUGUGGGCAA